CUUUUGCUGCCGCUCUUCUCUUGCGGUGUUUACGGUCGCUGCUGCUGAAGCCGGAAGUGUCUUCUGACGGUACAGCGAGAGCGCGAUGGUCUGGACGCGUCCGGAAGGGAAGAUGUCGAGCAGCAGCGCCGUGUUUGAGAGCAGACUGAAGCGCGUGCUGGAGGCCGCAGUGUCAGAUCCUGCAGCUGCACGAGGACGCGCUGAUGCUGAUGCGACUGCAGAUCCGCCAGAGAGACGCGCAGAUCGAUGCGAUGAGGAGCAGAGUCGCGGCGCUCGAGAGCGGCUUACAGCGCGUCACCGCUGUCAGCGGCACGGUUCAGAAAUCUGCUUCUCAUCUUCAUCACGACACGAAUCUAGACUCCAACCAGACGAACUCUGAUCCAGAGCAUCACUCCUGUGGAGAAACACACGCACGGAUCAUCUGCGCUCCUCAAAGCGAGGAAGACUUCGGUGGACUGCUGGAGGUGGAGAUGAAGCAGAGCUUUCCGUCUGAAAUCAUCGAUCCGCAGAUGCCUGCAGACGCAUGCGCAUUCGCUUCUGCAGAAAGCGGCUCGUCCGUCACAGCUGGACAAACCUUAAACAACCUCAGCUUUGAAUCCGUAAACCAGAACUCAUGCACCGACAGAACAGAGCCAGAUUUCAUCCGAACGCUUCCAGAGGAGGAUCUGAGCCGCAGCUGCGCAGACAGACGCGCGUUCGCCGCGAGAGAAGCAGCGGAGCACCGGAGAGAAACGGUGCAUGAGAAGUGGUUCAUCUGUUCGUUCUGCGGGAAGAGUUUCGAUCGCUUCAGUCACCUGCAGAUGCACCAGCGCAUUCACACCGGAGAGAAACCCUACCGCUGCACAACCUGCGGAAAACACUUCUCCCAGCAGAGCAACCUGCGCACGCACCAGAAGAUCCACCGCAAGACGCGCACGCACACGUGAAAACCAGGACGCACUGAUAUACUGACAGUGUUUAGAAGCAGCAGAUGAUCAGGGUCGAUUAUUUCCAUCGAUCUGUCAUCGUGUCAGACAGCCGCUUGCAUGAUGAAUAUGUUUCUUGUGUCCAGAUUAAAGCAAUAAUAACCGGGUUCUAUUUAUUUAAAACAGGUUGCCAGAUUUUCCCUUCACAAAACAUUAUUCGUAACACGCCUCUGAUGAUCACGAAGAGAUGUGUGCUUUGUUACUUCUGAUUAGAAAGUCUCAGCUUUUAAAUCCUGUGCAUUUUAUCACAAAAUUCAAACAUUUAAUGUGGCGUGACAGAUCAGAGCGCAGGUCUCUUCUGCUUUAUUACAAGUUAUAGCACAAAAUAAACAUGAAAAAUACAGUAUCACGUCUCAUAUAAUCGCUCGAUCAGAGUUUCAGCUGAAAGAUGGAUUAACUUCACAUUGCAUUUACCUCAAGAAAGAUAUUCACUGUUCACAUUCAUUAGUUAGCUAUAAAACACUAGAAGGAGCUUAAUCACGGUUCAUUAUAUGUGUAUGUUUGAAUAAAUCUGAGUUUGCUUGAGUAA